CAUCUCUCUGUCCUCUCACUUAAAGAUUUUCUUUAUAAGCAGCCCUUCUUCCCACACUUACACUUCCCCCUGCAAACUCUCACUAUUACUCACAGAGAGAGACUUUAGGGUUUUUUCUUUUCUCUAGGGUUUUUUCAUCAGAUCAUCUUUAGCCAUGUCUGGCACUAGCCGAAGGUCAGCAGGGAGUCCGGCUCCUUCGACAGCCACCCUGUCCGAGGACGAGAUUCGAGACUUCGUCUCCAAGCUUCAAGAACUGAUCCCGCAGCUUAAUCACAGAAGCAACGGAAGGGUACCAACUGAAGUAUUGAAGGAGACAUGCAGUUACAUACAGAGGCUGAACAGGGAGGUGGAGGAGCUGAGUGAGAAGUUGUCCAAGCUGCUGGAUAACAUGGGCAUUUCUAGUGCUGACGUUGAGCUCAUUAAAACUCUUCUUGAUCUCUAUUAGUAUAAUUCUUCGACGAAAACUCCUUCAUCGUUAGUAUGCUUCGGAGUCGAGUUGAUUUUCAGAGCCGUCGAACCUGCUGUAUUCCAUUCGACCACUCCGAAUUUAACUAUUAUAAAGUUUGAUUGAUAUUCCAGUCCAC